GUGGCUCUGAAAUAACCAAAAUUUUUGUCAAAUUGUUUGUAAAUAUAAUUUUAUCAAACAAUAAAUCCAUUUCGAGAUAAAUAUUUUUCUCAAUUUGCGUGCGUCAAACGAACGGGAAGUCUAGACAAAAUGGUUAAAAUGACCUCUGGACUUUGUCUUUGUGAUAAACUCAGUUCCGUUAUAAUCAGUUCUUUCACGAAGUGAGCCCAAGCCAUUACCAAAAAAUUACAAUGGUCGCAAAUAACACUUCUGUUUUUUUACAAACUCUUAUCUUUGUUAUGAAUCAAAGCAACUUUCAACAAGACACCUCCUACAACUACUACUUUUUAGAAAUUGGGAAAAAUUUUUCAGCCAACAAUGCGUCCAAAUGUUACGGAAUAUACGGCUGCUUUCAACUAUCACCUCCAUGGACUUCGGAAAAUCGCCCCGUGUCCCUCUUCCCGGAAGACCUCAAUAAGAUUGAACCACGAUACCCCCUCUACACGCGGAAAAACCCCUCGAAACCCACCUAUAUCGACUUGAAUGAGUUCGACGUGAUCGCCUCGACAGGAAUCAACCCUCGGAAUCCCGUCUACGUCAUCUCCCACGGAUACAUGGAGGGUGGAGGAAUCUAUUGGAUUGUAGACAUGGCCCAGGAAUUGUUAAAAAUUCACGACUGUUCUGUCAUCGUCGUGGACUGGCAAGGGGGCUCCAGUCCCCCCUACACGCAAGCAGUGGCGAAUAUUCGGCUAGUGGGGGCAAUGACCGCACAUCUUUUACACGACUUGUGGAAACACAUCCCUGACAUGAAUCUAGAUCACGUGCACUGCAUCGGACACUCUCUGGGGGCCCACUUGUGCGGAUACGUGGGCUAUACGUUGCAAAGGGACUUCAAAUUGACUUUGGGGCGCAUAACCGGCCUCGACCCGGCCGAACCACACUUCGCCAAAGCCAAACCGCCGGUUCGGUUAGACCGAACCGCGGCCAAAUAUGUCGAUGUGGUCCACACCGACGCCAGUCAAUUUAUUCGAGGAGGAUUAGGUAUGACCGAAAAGAUCGGUCAUGUCGACUACUACCCAAAUGGGGGCACAAAUCAGCCCGGUUGUGGCAAAAGUAUAGCCAAAUACAUAAAUGAGGCCAAUGGGAGCUUCUUCUUGGGUGUGAGGAAAUACAUGGGCUGCAACCAUAUGCGAAGUUACGAAUUUUUCAUUGAAAGUAUUAACCCGAAUAGGGGAUGUUCGUUUCUGACAGUUGGGUGCAAUAAUUACGAGGAUUUUUUGACGGGAAAAUGUUUCGACUGUGGCCGAAGGAACCAAAAAUGUAUACAAUUCGGUUAUCAUAGCCACAAAGAAUAUAAAGAAUUGAUAAAACGACGAUUAAUUGCACCAGAGUCAAAUAUGGUUCAAUUUUUGAUAACUGGGGAAACAAAACCGUACUGCCGUGGCCAUUACAGAAUAACAGUAAAAAUAUCAAAUUCUGGCGAAAGUAUCCAACAUGGCGGUGAAGUGGGCCAACUAUUCUUCACAAUGCAUGAAACAACCGAUGGUAAAGGUCCAAAAUCGCACACGGUACCACUAAACAAAGGUGGGUACCACGAACCCGGUAAAAUCUACACAGCUGUGGUACCAACCUCCGAAAUCAAGAAAAUCAAAGCUGUUGAAGUCGAAUGGCGGUACCAAAGUAGCUAUCUCAAUCCCCUGACAUGGCGACUUUUGGCCGUCCCAAAAAUAUAUAUCGAAAAAAUAACAAUUGACGCUCUGGAAAUCAGACAGAGCUUGACUGUGUGUCCGAAAGAUGGCCAACCGCUACACACCUCGCAGUCGCAUUUCAUGAUUCCGUCUUAUUGUUAAUCGUACCUGCGACUGUAUUUUUAUUACAUAAAUCAUUAAAAAACAGCUAAAGAUAUGUCUCAAGUGCCGUCCGACAAUCAUAUGUAAAUAGUUAAAUUAUUUAUUAAAGAUUUUAUUCAUUAACUGUGA